AUGCAUAUCUCUUGCGUUAAGGGCCGAAUUGUGGCAAGGCAGAUCGACAACGUCUUCACAGUCAUAUUCGCAAUUGAAGUGCUGGGGAAAUUCGUCAGCUACGGUCUAGAGUACCUACAAGACCCUAUUGAAUCUUUCGACACGAUUGUCGUAUUGACGAGCUUUACGUUGCUCGUUUUGGGUUUCUACGUUUCUGGAAUCGGGCUCCUGCGAAUUCUUCGGUUGCUUAGCGCGCUGGCGUUGCUGCACAAGUAUCCCGACUCGAAAGAGAAACGCCCCGAGCUGUCCGCCGGCAAUUCGUCGAAGUUGGAAAAGGCCUCCUCGAUAGUAGAAGGACUGCUUACCAAUGUCCAUAUUCCGAAGUACUUCAAGACAGAACUUGAGUGGGUCUGGGAUUCCAUUCUUGCCAACAAGGUCUAUGACUCUCAUGUCGUCGAAAACGAAGAGGAAGAAGAGGAUCAGGCGACAGAGACAAUUAUUGCUGGCAGUGAUGCCUCCCGAAAGACACAGGCGGCCGUGCGCGCGUCCCGGGCUCAGUCUCGCGCUUCUAAACUUCCUCAUGGCUCAUCCAGCAUGGUGGUAGGCACCACGAAUGGCCGCAUGUCCGGUCAAAUUUUGGAGACUUUGAGGGAACCCGACCCCAGAAUGAUGGAUGCUGCACUGUACAAGUCCGAAACGCGCAACCUCGAUCCUCUCACUGCGACCGUUGGAGGUAUGAAGAACUCACCGUCAAUGUUCGCAAAGGGGAGCAAAUCAAGCAACAUGAUGGGUUCCUCGGCGUCAAAAUCCUUUCGUACGGAAAGAAAUAAAAAAGCCAUCGACAUAAUAUCGGUUUUGUAUCAGGCGUCACAAAUAACAGGAGCGGAACAGGAACAAGUUAACGAGGCCAUGCGGCCGUUCGAUGAAUGGCAGUGGGACGCCCUGCACGCUGGAGAUGUGUGUGACAUGAACCUGCUCCCUGUCGUUUUCGUCCGGGCAAUUGCGACCUUCCCAACGAUUAUGACGAAGUUCAACUUCGACUUGGAUCGUCUCUUUGAUUUCUUGAAAGUCGUUCAAACGUCCUUUCAGAAGAACGUGAAGUUUCACUGCGCAGCACACACAGCUGACAUGAUCCAAGCAAUGCACUACUUCCUCACGAUCGGGAAGCUCGGAGCGUUGCUAAGCGAAUAUGAUGUUUUCUUGUGCCAUUUCUGCGCCCUGGUCUGCCACUUCGGGCACCCGGGCGUGACCAACACGUUUCUGGUCAAGUCCCGACAUCCACGAGCUAUUCGGUACGACGAUGAAUCCGUGAACGAGAACUAUGUGGCGUCCGCAAUUUCGUGUUUGGUGGCACGCGAGGAGUAUAACUUUUUUGGAGAUAAGCUGCCGCUGUGGCAAGUCUUUCGACUCCAUAUGAUCGACAUUCUUCUGAAUUUCGACAUCUCCAAGUCUGCGCAUCAAGUGGCGAUGUUCCGAACCAAAGUAUCCAUCAAGUUUACGGCGUCCACACCGGCAGACAAACAACUGCUUCUAACAAUUCUUUUGAGGGCAGCGGAUUAUAGCUUUACAUGCCGUCAACUGGCACUCUACAGCAAGUGGAAGGAUAGAAUGAUCGACGAGUUCUUCGCCAUGGGAGAUACAGAGAAGCAGCUCGCUUUGACAGUGUCCCCAUUUUGCGAUAGAGAACUGACUAAUGUCGAUAAAUGCCAUGUAGCGUUCGCCGAGGUCGCUGUAAAGCCACUGAUGACGGUUUUGGUGCUGGGCUUGGCUCCACAUCUUCAGAAAGACGUUCUGGACACACUAGAGGCAAAUCAGAAGAACCUCAUGCAAAAACUGGACAAAAGUGAUUGA